CCGCUGCACGGUUCGAGUUACAGUUCUCAUUUUAUUUCUCUCGUGCAUUCCGUCCAGGACGGUUCGUUCUAGUGUUUCGACGAGUGUUUUCGAUUUGGAUACGUUUCAAGUUGCCGCCCGCAGAUCGGGAACGCUCGGGAUCAUUUCCUACCGAACUGUUAGCGGUUGUUUCGAACCAUUUUUGUGUACCACGUGAAUCAGUGUUUCCAACUUUGUGCUUGUCCAGUGGUUUGUGUAACAAGGGAAAACAACACUAAAAAUUGCCCUUCACGGCUUGAUCACCAUCACCGAAAACCGAAGCGUUUUGCGCGGUAUCGGUGGUCAAUUUUGUAAGCCAAUCGUAAAUCAAUAUCUCGAGUGUUUCAAGUGGUUUCACUUUGCUGCGUGCACUAUUCGGUUGUGCUUAAGUGCUCUUUUGCGCCACCAAACCAUCUGCCCGGGUUUUUGUUUCUUUUUUUUUAUUUUGAAUUCUAAUUCCUAAAUCGUGGUGUGCUGUUGGCAAGCUGUGAGCAAGUGUGUAUGAACCGAAAAUGUGUAUAUUUCCAGCAGCAGCUGACUCAAUGUGCUAAACUAAAAACAGUCAUCCAAUAGCUAAUUAGUAACUUCUGGAGACAUCGAACGUCAAGUCAAAAAAAUUCGCGCUAUCGGUCGGUACGAACGAACGCUUCACGAUACCUGCACGAUAGGUGAUACGGGGUUGUUUGGAGGAUCGAAGUGGCGGCCUGUGUGGUUGCUGUGUUACCCGAUGCCCGACGAAAGAUAAAAGCGUGUCGAUAUACGCCAACCCAUCAACCUGCCGCCAGUGCCAGCUUCCUUUUGCGCAUCCACGACACCACGCAUCCACGCAUUCUCGCGACACUCCAAACGAGAGCGGAAGGCGCACGGGCAACCGUGAAAAUCGCCUAAACCAAACGUCGAGCAAAAAAAAACACACCCAUACGCGAUCGUGCGAUCGCGUCUACAGCUUGUGCCGUCGGUCCGGUUCCGGAUUCACACGGUGCGCACAAAACCGGGCGUCCACAAAUUAACCACAGAAUUCACCGCAACGGCAUCGAUUGAAAAUCUCAACCCCCGGUUUCAACCCCCCCCCCCCCUUUUCGUGCCCCUUCGUUACCACACCGGUACGCCACCAUUCACACCCGCGCGUAAAGGCGUCUCUGUCGCGUCAAAGAGUGUGGCUGCCCGCGGUGUCGCGCUUUGUCGUUGCGUUACGACACACACCAAUCACGAACGACGACCGUUGCUUUCGGGGGGACUGUUGCGCACCCGCAAGACCACGAACCCGCCUGCAUACCGCGAUCGUGAUCACUCGCGUACGCACGGUCGAACCGAGCAGUUGAGGUGUAACGCGUGCUUGCUUAACGGAGCAGCUGAAAAACAUUUCCUUUCUUCGCGUCGGUAAAAUUACCGCUUCAUUCUGGGUGCCAAAUUUCCUCAUCCUUAUAGUUGUGGUUGGAAAUUUCCAUUUCGAUUCUAACUUAGAAAAAAAACGGGUGAAACCUCACAAUGAGUAGAUUGAUCGAUAAUGGCUAAGUAGUCGGGGCUUAUGGUUGGCUCUUGCGCUCGGUAAAACACAACCCGGUGAAGUUGCGUGUGCGAAAUGUAAUAGUUAGCCACGCGAGCUGUUCUUCCGCGAAUGGACGCAACUACUACAUGAAAAACCCAAAACAUGUCUUUGAUUGACAUUUGAUCGAUCACCGAAAACCGAUCUAAAGGAAGUGCCGCUUAUGAGUGAUGAGUGUAGGAAUUGUUGAGAGUUUUCCCGAAAAUUCCCAUUGACUCCCUGUUGGCAUUAGUGAGUGAUAAGUGAAUUAUCCUUAGAAUAAUUCUUAAGUGUGAAAACAGCAGUGUAUUAUAAGAAAAAUAUUUAAUUUAAAGAGAAUAAAAUAAGUAAAAAGUGCUCUUGUGGAAGUAAAAGGAAAAGUGUAAUUGUAAGGAAACAUUGUGACGUUGAUGGUGUACCUUAUGUUUAGUGUUUAUGAAGUUUCCACCUAACAGAUAAGAACGAAUGUGUAAAAAAAUGAGUUCAUCUAUAGCGUUGUACAUUUUGCCGCUGAUUUUAUUUAUUGUUCCUUCUGCCUCUAAAUAUCAAGGUCUUUACACACACCACCUAGACGAGGGUGUGAGUUUGAUCGUUCCAAGAAAAGUUAAUCAACACGGCAAAGUUCUUUCACAUGAGUUAACACACCAUCACGCAACUGCACAAGAUGAGUCCAGCCGAAGGCGAAGGCGCCGUAGUACGGAAGAAUAUAAUCCUUCUCAGCAACUUCACUAUCAUAUCGAUAUCGAAGGUGAAACGCAUCAUCUGGAACUUGAACCAUCGACGGCAACGUUUGUUGCGCCUUUAAUGGUGAUCGAGCGACAUCGGCGCGACGUCCACACGCGUGUACGUCCGAUGAGGCACAUCAACUGUCACUACCAAGGCCAGAUCCGAGGUCACGACCAAUCGCGAGUGGCGCUAUCCGCAUGCAAUGGGCUGGUCGGUGUGUUAAGAACCAAUCGGACAGAAUACUGGAUAGAACCGGCAAAAAAUAUCUCCCCAGGUCCGAAUGGAGAACAUCCCCAUGUAGUCUUCAAACGGUCCAACGUCAAAGAGACACCCUCGAAGAAAAACACACGGUCCGCCAACAAAAAGAAGAAAAGAAAGCGCAAGAAGCGUCAUUUAAGUAACUGCGGCACCAGGGAACCCCGCCGUUUGACGGAAACACGGCUAGAAUGGCAACAUCAGGGCAAGGUGCUCGUACAAGGCGGACGCAAAACGCGCCUUCCCCAUGCCGAACCGUCCACCUCCAACUACGGUUUGCACCCGGGAACAGCGCGUGAAGAAAGUGAGCGAAAUAUGAUAAAACCCGUCGGCAAAAGUAAGCGAACGCGGCGUAGCAUUAGUAAGCCGCGCCAUGUCGAGGCGCUUGUGGUGGCCGACCAUUCGAUGGUGCAGUUUCACCAGGACGUCGAUCUACAGCAGUAUCUGCUGAUGAUCAUGAAUAUGGUAUCAUCGCUGUACAAAGAUCCAACGAUUGGGAACUCCAUCCAGGUAACGGUGGUUAAAAUUAUCAUACUGGAGGAGGAGGACUCGCAUGCCGAUUUCAACGUGACGCACAUGGCCAGCAAUACCUUGGAGAACUUUUGCCGCUGGCAGAGAAGCCUUAAUCCCAAACCGGACGAAGAUCCACACCAUCACGACGUUGCGAUUCUAGUGACGAGAAAGAACAUCUGCUCCAACUAUGGAUGCGCAACCCUCGGUGUGGCCAAUGUAGGCGGCAUGUGUCGGCCGGACAAAUCGUGCAGUGUCAACGAGGACAACGGCAUCACUCUGGCGCAUACGAUAUCCCACGAGCUCGGUCACAAUUUUGGAAUGUACCAUGAUACGGCGAAAACUGGUUGCGAUCACCGUAUUGGACCAAUACUGCACAUCAUGACACCAAGCUUCGAAGCGGACACGAUGCAGGUAUCGUGGUCCAACUGCAGCCGGCGCGAUAUUACCCACUUUCUCGAUCAGGGUCUUGGCAAGUGUCUGGAGGAUGCUCCCAGCCAGGAGGAGUACGAAUAUCCGGAACUUCCGCCCGGCGCUAUGUACAACGCAGAUCUCCAGUGUCGGCUGCAGUUCAACUCGACCGAUGAGGAUAUGACCGUGUGCUCGAAGUUGGACGAAAUCUGCACCCAGCUCUGGUGUUUGGUGGGUGAAGUUUGUACCACGAUGUUACGACCGGCCGCUCCCGGUACUAACUGUGGUCGGCGCAUGUGGUGCCAGAAUCAAAAGUGCGUUGAAGUUGAGGAGCUACCGGCACCGGUCGAUGGUGGUUGGGGUGAUUGGAGUCCGUGGAGUGAAUGUUCUCGAACGUGUGGUGUUGGCAUUGCUAAGCAAACGCGCGAAUGUGACCAUCCCUCACCGGCACAUGGUGGAAUGUUCUGCAUCGGUGAACGGGCUCGGUACAAAACAUGCCACGUUCAGGCAUGUCCGCUAGGUACGCCCAGCUUCCGAGCGGAACAGUGCUCCUCGCACGAUAACGAUACGAUCAAGGGCGAAAAAUACAACUGGUUGCCUUAUUUCGACAAAAAUGAACCGUGCGAACUGUACUGCAGCAAUACGGAAGACACAAUGAUUGUACCGUUCGGUGAUACGGCCGCGGAUGGCACCUUCUGCAACCUGGGUACGAAUGAUAUGUGCAUCGGAGGUAUCUGCCGUAAGGUUGGUUGCGAUUGGGUGGUCGAUUCGAACACCACCGAGGACAGGUGUGGCGUGUGCGGAGGUGUCGAUGACACGUGUUUCGUGAAGAAGGGUGAAAUUGUCAAGAAAAUCAACACCACCGAUAGUAUGCACAGCGUGCUGAUGAUCCCUGCUGGUGCCCGGAAUGUACUGAUCGAAGAGAUAUCUCCGUCCAAGAAUUUUAUCGGCAUUGGUCGAUCGGGAGGAAAUGAGUGCUAUCUCAACUGUAAUCAUUUUAUUCAACUCCCUGGAGAGUACGAAGUGGCCAACAGUUUGGGGCUUUAUGAGAGGGAAAAUGAACAAGAACGACUUAAAAUUCCCGGCCCGAUCAUGGAAGAUGUGCAUGUGUUUAUUGUCAUCAAGAAGAAGAACAAUCAUUUUGGAAUCCGGUUCGAGUAUACACUUCCUUCGCAAAACAGCAAAAAUCAAUCCACCUACUACUGGAAGCUGACCGACUGGUCCGUCUGCUCAGCGACAUGCGGUGGAGGGAAACAGUACCGCGAGUCAAUCUGUUAUCAUCUUGGGAAGGGUGUAACCAAGGAAGAACUAUGUCUGCGCCAUGCAUUUGGCAAACGUCAUGAACCAAUCGUGCGCGACUGCAAUGAUGAUCCGUGUCCGUUCAACUGGUGGGUUGGUCCGUGGCAACUAUGUCCAAUAACAUGCCGCAAACCGGCCAGGCCUGUCCCGAUACGUAGACGAUCGAUUCUUUGUGUGGAUUCCAAUUCGAAUGCUAGAUCGGACAGCCAUUGUAACAAUAAACCCCGUCCACACGACAAUGAACCGUGCGGUGAAGAAUUGCCACUGUGCCAAGAGAUUCCACGAGCCACCAGCCAGGAAACGGAACGUCCGGAUACGGUACCGCCGCUUGAGGAACCGAAUCUGCCCGAUCUACCCUCACCCUCGACACCAGCUGACUAUGAGGUGAACAACAGCAUCUGAAACUACGGUUCGAACGAUUCGCGAGUAGUGACGUCGGAACAGCGCUACUUAAUGGACUCAUUUGUUCAUGAGCUAGUAGAGAGAGGAUAUGUUAUAUUAACAUCUAUUGUACUGCUCUUUAUCCGUAUCUUCGUUUGCUGAGCAGCAGUGGCCGCACGGCUCAGCUCACACGUUUUACGUACAGGCAACUAUAUACUCAGUACAAACCUGCAUGCAAUUGUGAGGCGCGGUCAGCAUCUGCAUAUUGCCGGCUGCGACGCCUUCUUCUAAACGCUUUUACGUACAUACGUGUUUAUAUGAAGUAUUUUGUGGACAGAGUAUGAGUGUGUGUUUUUUAUUGUAUUUAAUAAAAGUUUAUUUAAUAGAAUAAAUAGUACGGUUGACUGGU